AUGCCCCGCAAAACGAAGGAGGCUAAGGAGAAUGGAGUGAGUGGUGGCGCUGAGGGAGGACAAGCAAAAAACGCGGACCGAGUCGAGCCCGAUUCAAUAGAUCAACAACCGUCCGGAUCGCGAGGAAGUACAAUGACCCCACAAACGGUGAUGGAGUUGGCUGCUCACUUGCAGAGCUUAACAACGGGCACGGCAGCGCGCGAUCUCAACUCGGCUCUCAGCCACCAGUACAACUUCUGGAAUACGCAACCCGUGCCCAAACUCAACGAGGUCGUUGAAGAGAACACGCACAUAGAAGAAGAUCUACAAGCCGAUCAGAUUCGCUCGGAACCAUUCUCGCUGCCAGAUGCUUUCGAGUGGAGCGAUGUAGAUUUAAAUGAUGUGGCUCAAUUGACCGAGCUCUACACGCUGUUAACGGAGAAUUAUGUGGAAGAUGACGACAACAUGUUUCGCUUCGACUACUCGGCCGACUUUUUGAAAUGGGCACUCCUUGUGCCAGGGUGGCUUCCACAAUGGCAUUGCGGCGUGCGUGCCAAGGCGACAAAGAGGCUCGUCGCGUUCAUCUCUGCCGUCCCACAGAAAAUUCGGGUCUAUGACAAGACGAAGCAAAUGGUCGAAAUCAACUUCUUAUGCGUGCACAAGAAGCUCCGACAGAAGCGCGUUGCACCAGUGCUCAUUCGGGAAAUCACAAGACGUGUCAAUCAACAAGGAAUAUUUCAGGCUGCAUUUACUGCGGGAGUCGUACUACCGAAGCCAGUGGCCGUUUGUCGAUACUAUCAUCGGUCGCUCAAUCCGAAGAAGUUGAUCGAGUGCAAGUUCUCUUCUUUGUCACCAAAGUCUACUAUGCUUCGUACGAUCAAACUUUACAAGUUGCCCGAUGAUACGAAGAGCACAGGAUUGCGAGUGAUGGAAAAGAAAGACAUUGAGGGAGCGCACAAACUACUCAACUGCCACCUCGAAAAGUACAAUCUGGCACCGGUGUUUGAUCAGAAAGAGUUUGAGCACAUAUUUCUACCAAGGGAUGACGUCAUCUACAGCUACGUACUGGAAGAGAAAGGACAAAUCACUGACAUGAUCUCAUUCUAUUCUCUGCCCAGCUCGGUGAUGCAAAAUCCGCAACAUAAGAAGAUCAACGCUGCCUACUCGUACUACAAUGUGGCGACGACGGUGCCUUUCAAGCAACUCAUGAACGACGCGUUGAUCAUCGCUCGCAAGGCUGGAUUCGAUGUGUUUAAUGCUUUGGAUCUUAUGGCCAACAAAGAGGUGCUCGAAGAACUAAAGUUUGGCAUCGGUGACGGGAAUCUACAGUACUAUCUCUACAAUUGGAAGUGCCCCGAAAUGAAACCGAAUCAAGUCGGUCUAGUCCUUCAA